AUGAAUAUAUCCAGGGGCGGCGCUAUCAUUGCAGUUAUGGAUUCGGCAGAAUCCACUAGGUUAGGAACUUUCAAGCUAGAAGUUAAGUCUGGGAAAACUUAUCUACUAAGGAUUUUGAAUGCUGCAAUGAAUGAAAUUCUUUUCUUUGCAAUUUCAAAUCACAAAUUAACAGUUGUUGUAACAGAUGGAAGCUACACAAAGCCAUUAACAAAAGAUUUCAUAGCCAUAAGUCCUGGACAAACACUUGAUUGCCUAUUAAAAGCCAAUCAAGAACCAAAUAAUCUUUACUACAUGGCUGCUAAAGCAUAUACCAAUGGUACUAAUGUCCAAUUUGAUAACACAACAACCACAGCCAUAGUGAAAUAUGAAGGAAAUCAUAAAAUUUCUUCACCUAUUUCACUCCCUUACUUACCUUCUUACUAUGACACACCUUCAGUUGUUAAUUUCAGUGGUAGCCUAAGAAGUUUAGCUUCGAAAAACCACCCGAUAUCCAUCCCGAUUAAUGUGAAAACAAGGUUGGUUUCCGUUGUCUCAGUGAACUUAUCACCAUGCCCAAUAAAUGGUACAAAUGUUACGACAUGCCAAGGGCCAAAUGGGACGCGAUUAUAUGCCAAUAUGAGCAACAUAAGUUUCGCGACGCCAAGGUAUAACAUACUCGAGGUAUAUUAUUAUCACAUCAAGGGCGUGUUUGAAACAAAAUUUCCAAGUUUUCUGCCGUACGUGUUCAAUUACAUUGAUGAUGUUUUGCCUUUAGGGCUUGAAUUGGCUGAAUUUGGGACACAAGUGAAAGUAUUGAAGUAUAAUACAACAGUUGAAUUGGUGCUACAAGGGACUAAUGUGGUCACUGGAUUAGACCAUCCAAUGCAGUUACAUGGUUACAGUUUUUAUGUUGUUGGUUUGGGAUUUGGUAAUUUUGAUGAAAAAUUGGAUCCAAAGAAGUAUAAUCUUGUUGAUCCCCCUCGAAGCAACACUGUAGCUGUACCUAAAAGUGGUUUGGUAGCCAUUAGAUUCAGAGCAGACAAUCUAGGAGUUUGGUUUAUGCAUUGCCAUAUUGAGCGUCAUCUUACAUGGGGGAUGAAGGCUGUUUUUAUGGUGAAAAAUGGACGCAGGCCCGAAGAACGCAUUUUCUCUCCUCCUAGGGACAUGCCACCUUGCUGAUUUUUCUACUAUUUCUUUCACAAAUUACUAACAUAUUUCUGUGUGUUUAUCAUUAGUAGUGAUUAUAUUAUUGAAGGAAACUAUCCUAACAAAAAGAAUUUGUGGAAUUAAUAGCGUGUGCGAAACAAACUGAGAAUAGACAACUCUCGUUCAAUAGAA